AUGCUCAAUUGCCCUACAUUCUCAGUAUCUGUUGGGAUUCCCAUAUUCGGUCUCGGAUUUACUUCUACUAACCAUCUUAUCAUCGGUGGAGGUGGAGGUGGAGGUCGCUCCGGUGUCAAGAACAAGCUGUCUGCCUAUCGCAUUGACGGAAAGCGCAGGGAUCUCGAAGAAGAAGCAGUGUACGAAGUACCCGAAGGAGAAGAUGCACCCAUGUGUCUUGCAGUUCAUCCCACUGAUCAUUCUGUAGUAGCAGGUAUCAAUGCAUCAAAAAAGGAAAUCGAGGCUGGAGUUAAUAAGCAUUGUCGUGUCUUUCGCGUGACUGAAGAAAAGUGGGUAUAUGUAAAUUUUACGCUGCAUAAUGCGGUACAGAUAUCAACCAGUAAAAAAGAAGAAGAGUACCAGAAAGUUGUUCGGUUUAGUGAGGAUGGUAGCCUGGUUGCAGUCGGAACCUCUGAUGGACAUGCAGAGGUUUUCAAGUAUCCUUCGUUUGAAUCAAAUGGCCCCACAAUUAAAUUUGACGACGAGGUUCUGGAUGUUGAUAUUGGGUUAGAAAACGACAAGUUGACAUGCGUAACAAGAGACGCUAUUAAGCUGGUUACAAUUCGUGGUAAAAACUCGGGAAAGAUUCUUCAGACACUUCCAGUAUCAGCUAUAAACAAGAAACGCAGGUUACAGUUCCGUUCAUUUAGAUAUGGGCGUGGUGCUGUCAAAGAUGUUGGUUUUGCGGUAGUAAAUGGCGUUGAUAAACCAGCGGGAUAUGUUGUACGUCUGAAUCCAUACACCUUUGAGACAAUAAAAGUCCAUCAAGUGAGCAAGAAGCCUAUUACCGCCAUGUGCACAAGUUUUGAUGGUGCUAUUUUAGCCAUUGCAUCAUCCGAUUUAAGCAUUACAUUGUUUGAUGCUUCAUCUAUGCAGAUCUUGACGCAUAUUAAGAAUGCUCACAACUUCUCCAUUACCAGUAUGGCUAUAAGUACUGACCGUCGUACACUCGCAAGUGGAUCAGCAGACAACACAUGUCGCAUUAUUUUCCUUCCUCUUCAAUUCCCUCCUAUCUCUGUUAACCCAUUCCACACAUUGUUUUUGGCUCUCGCAAUAGCAGGUACCCUGCUCUGGCUGACGACCAUGUUCAACGCUGGUGAUUUGGAUGAAUCGUUUGCCCAGGAAAGGACUGUUUCGUCUCGGCCAGUUAAGGUCGUAGCAACAACCAAAAUUCCUUUGUCCAACGUUAUAGUACCUGUUUCUUCUCCCACCACCGAAUUUGUUCCUAUAGAAACCAUCGAAUCUUCUACCUUUGUUUCCCAAUCCACUGAAGCAAGAGAUGAACUUUAA